GCCGUGCCCAAACCCCCACGAGUCCGAGAAAAUCAGGAUCCUUUCGCACCGGGAAGUACCUAUAGGUCAUACUGGCGCAAAUAUGCGCAACGGGAAGCUGAGGCGAUGAGACGCGGUGGUGUAUGUCUGUUCGAAGGUUGGCAAGAAGGUAUAUUGGAUGAGAGGAUGGUCCGGGCUUUUUUCUCUGGUUGUGUGGUAGCCACGGUGAUACCAGAAGUCGAACAUCGUUCGAUAUCUUCAUUCCUUUUACCUCUCUCACCCUCUGAAACGGACGGUCUCCUCCUCCCGUCCACGCAGCUUUCAGAUCAUCUAGCCAAUUUAUCCGCUGCGGAUCUGGAGCGCAAGGCCACGGGAGCGUUUGCAGAAGCGUGGAAACUAUUCACGCCUAAGGUGAGAUUGAAUAACGUACUCGAGCUCGUCCGUGUUUAUCAGGAGGGUGGAAGAGGGUAUAUGUUUCCUCAUCGUUUUCGCUGGUCGUGCGCUUCGAAGCCGAGACCUCCAUGGUGUACUGAGAUAGCUAGUGAGAUAGACAUGCAUACGUGA